GGGUGGGUCAGAUUGAGCAAAGGAUUUGUAUGAUGGAAUCAUUUUCACUUCCCUCAGCACCUUGCAAAACAACCUCUUUUCACACAUUUAACGAUUCAUCAAAAUGGAUCGGAUGUCUUCACUUCUCAUUUUUUCUACAGUGCUGCUCAUACACUGGAAAAACCCUCUAACAUAUGCAAUAUCCUAUCAGCCCACAGUGGAGAUAAUCACGGGACAUUCAAAGGUCUUCACUGGCGAGACAGUGAAACUUAAAUGCAUUCCUCCUGCUACUCCCUACAAAUCAACCUGGACCUUCGCCUGGUACAAUGGACCCCAACAGCUCCCACAUUUUAGUCAAACACUGGUUUUGAGCAACAUCAAGACCAAAGACAGUGGGAAGUAUUAUUGCCAAGGUACCCGAGACACAAGUGUUCAAGACAUACCUACCAUCCCCAGUGUGCCAGUAGAGAUCAAUGUAGACGGGGGCUGGGCUGUCUUAGACACACCAUCCCAGGGUGUUGUUGGGUACCCAGUGAACAUGACGUGCCGUGUCCGAGGCAACUAUCCCAUUCAUGAGGUGAUCCUUUAUCGAAAUGAUGUGGAAGUUUUAGAACAAGAGGAUCCCAAGUUUAUCCUGAAAAAUUUGACUCUUGAGGACUGGGGCCAGUAUACCUGCAGAGCAUCCUGGAAUAAAAAUGGCCAUACACAUUCAGUCAUUUCAGCUCAAGUGCCAGUCCAAGUUGUAGAGCCUCUGACAAAGCCCACUUUGUUUAUUGUCGAUGAUGAGGAGAUGCGUACUUUGUCUAAACUUAAGCUCAUAUGUGUGCUUGACUACAAUAUUCCUGAACCUGCUCCUCCUGUCCUCUACUAUUUCUACAUCAACAACAACCGUUUUGGAACCCCAACUACUAACAACUACCAUUUGAUUGAGAGGAUAAGGGGCACGUUCAAAUGCAAAGCCGUGGUGUCUCAGCUGGGACUGACCCAGUGGAGUGAGCCUAAAACCUUUUAACUGAUUCCAAGUUGGGUUUUGAUUUUCAUUCCAAUUGUUUAAAACUCUUUAAUAAACUACUUAUCUUGAACUGCAAAA